AUCCUGACUCCAAGCGGAUUCUGCUUCUUUUUGUCCCCGCCUCCCAUUGCGUGGCGUCACAGCUGGGUGAUGUCCCUUCCUCUCUGUCCUUGCUGUGUGUGUGUGUGUGAGACCCGUGGGUAAGGGGGAGAGUAAGCCACGGGAGGCCGAGCGGGGUCCGCGGGAGUAGCUGCCCCCGCCGCUGACUGUGGUGUCACGGCGGCAAGGAGGAGGUGCCGGAAGUGCGCUGCUGUUGUGUGGACUGGAGGGAAGAGCGGAUGAGCAAGGCAGCGCCGGCGGCGACCGUGUAGCCCGGAAGAGGGGCCGGUGGGCGCCUUAGGUGUCCCAGUUGGAUUUUCCAUUUAUGGGGUUAAAUUGCCAAAACUCUCUGUUGCUGAAUCAAUCAAGGUCUCUGGUGACUGGCAUAAUACAGAUGGCUUCACUUUAAAGAACCUGCCCUGACUCUUAAAUUAAUGAGAACACUUUACUGUAAGCUUCCAUGAAGCUCAGUUGUUGCUUGUUGACUCUGAUUCUUGGUGCUAGUGUUCUUGCACUUGAAAAUGUGGCCUCCAACCUGACAGUUACACCUGAGUCAAGGUCCUUUUCUCUCAAUGUGUCACUUCUUCCCAUUUUACAAGCCUUGGCAAAAUCAGCAAUACCUCAGGAUAUCAUUGUGAAGGAGGGGAACUAUGCUUUGAUUGAAUGUAAGCUGAACAGUAGUCAAUAUGACUCCAUUCUUUGGUACAACUCAAAAGGACAUCUACUGGAGCAAGUUGGAGCAGAUGGAAGAUGGUUGAUCUCUGAGAAUAUCCUUAAUAUCACAAAUGUAACUUUUGGUGACCGAGGGCGAUACACUUGUGUUUCUGCUAAUGAAAAUGGCACUUCAUAUUACACAGUCACCCUCAGGGUGGUUUCCACUUCUGGGGACAUGGGCAUCUACUACAUGAUUGUCUGCCUGGUUGCCUUUACUAUCACCUUGAUCUUAAAUAUAACACGUCUGUGCAUGAUGAGUAGCCAUCUCCGCAAGACAGAGAAGGCCAUCAAUGAGUUCUUCAGGACAGAGGGAGCUGAGAAACUGCAGAAGGCCUUUGAAAUUGCCAAACGCAUCCCUAUAAUUACCUCUGCCAAAACGCUAGAACUGGCCAAAGUCACCCAAUUUAAGACGAUGGAAUUUGCUCGGUACAUUGAAGAGCUUGCCAGAAGUAUCCCUCUUCCUCCACUAAUCCUUAACUGUAGGGCAUUCAUGGAAGAAAUAUUUGAAGCAGUGCGGAUGGAUGACCCUGAUGAAAUUGGAGAUGGAGUCAAACAGACCCAGGCUCUUGGUGCUCAAGAGGCACUCUUUCCCUUAAACCCAGAAAUCAAGCGCAGUAAUUCACCAGCAGGAGAUUCAGAUGAUGGUUCUGUGAAUGACCAUGGCAAAGAAAUAGCUGUUGAGGUAUCUGUCCACCUUCAGUCAGAAGCACAAAGCAUUGAUACUGUUUCCCGUGAAAGUGUCCCCUCCAUACCUUCUGAAGAUGAAACAUGUGCUGAAACCAAAUAGAGCUGCAAAGGCAAAUGUGUCUUUCAAACUUGCAAGAAGAGAAAACAAGAAGAGCCAAAAAUGCAGCUAUGGCCAUAAAUGCACAAAAAACUGGUCUGUGAGUCUUUAAAUUUCUCUAGAUGUUAAAAGGUGCCAAACAGUUAACAAAAAAGGUGAAUAUUUGUUCUGUAAUGUUUCCCCCCGCUAUCUACUUAUUUGAAAACCAGUUUAGAUGAAGCUAUCCUGAAAUCUGCCUUAGCAAGAACUUUAUUUAUUACUGGGAGCAUUUUGCCAAAGGGGUUAUUUUGUUCCAUUAUUUGAUAAUCUCAAGUACUGUAUCAGAAAAAGCUCAAAACAAACAAAAGAAUACAUUAACAUGAGCUGUUUUUGUUAUGUCUCUAGGGAGGCUUAAAUUCCUCUGCACCCCCACAAUGAAUUCACAGUUCAUGGUGGUAUAGUUCACCAGGCCAGCAUAUCUAUAUUUGUGAGAUAUGUUGAUGUAUUAUAAGAAGAGUACAGGAUUAUUACAGAUUCCAUGGUUUUGAAACAAUGCCUGUUAGUUAUGAAAAAAGCACAACUCUGACUUCUCAAUUACUACAAGUGUUGCACUCCAAUGCCAUACUGGAUCUAGAAAUUGGAAAUCUGAAUGCAGAUGUUGGCAUCUGAAUAUCUCAUUGCAGCCAAGAACUGGUAAUUUUAAUGUGCUGAUUGCCAAGCCAUUUUUUGUUUGUUUGUUGAGACAGCUUAAGAUGUCAGCAUUACAAGUAUUGUCUGUCCUCUGGAGCUGUACUGCUGAAAUGCCAAAGUACUCUGGUGCCAUUAAAUUUCUUUGAGGAUGGAAAGCUCAAAUCAUUGUGAUCUUGUUAAAAGGUCUGCAACACACCCAUAAACUUUUAAAAAGAAAAAGAAAUGCACACUCAACUUUCCCUAUGGGCAACUGUUCCCAUUAACCUGCCAUGUAAUGUCUGUUCUGGCUAUUAGCUGGAGCUAAGAUUUGGUGAGUGCCACAUAGGAAGAGGCUACCACCUUGAGUAAUCUAUGUGGUGGCGGCGGCGGGGGAUGCUAUAUUUUUGAAUGCUCCCCCACAUAAAUCCGUACAAACAGAAGACUAGCAUAUUGAGCAGAACGGUUCUAGCCAAGUCUUUUGUUAGCAAGUCCCAUUUUCUUUUUGCAGGAAGUUCUUAGCACAUCAUUCAAAAAUGUUUCCCACCUGCAGUCUGAAAUGGUGCAGUCCACCCUAUGUCCUCAUCCUGUUUUAUGUGUAAGCCUCCUUCACUAUGUUGUUGGCAUAUGACAAAUGUGGGUCCUGUCCUGUCCCUUUCUAGCCCCAUGAAGCUAAAUUUGCCAUCAACUACCACAUGAGGAGUAGUACAGUAACCAUUUUAUUUUGCCACAUGUUUGCCCAAAGCAGGGAUUCUUGGGACCAGAUUAAGAAUCUGAGUGAGCUAAUGAUUAAAUAACUGGAAGAUGACAAGAUUAACUCCUGGUGUUUGUCUCUUUGCUUAAUGGAAAGAAUGUGGCUAUCUCUUCACCUGUUUGGUCCAUGCCCUCUUUUUUCCCCCAUAGCAAAAUUACCCCAGUGUAUUACAAUUUUUGUGGUAUGUGAAUGUGCCUCUGCUGCUCAUUCUACUCUCAAAGACAUGGAAAACCAAUGCAGACUUCUUUUAUUACUUGGUAUUUCCCCCCUCCCCUUGUACUUUUAAAACUGUAUCAUUUUAAUUGCAUUUUAUAUUCCAUUUGGCUUUAAUAUAUAUAGGGCUUGUCUGUGCUGCACAAAUUCAUUUCUUUAAAUUCCUAGAAACAUAUUGCCAUAACAGCUAUUAACAGCUUGGCAUUAAGUCCCAUUUAAUUUCUCUCAAUUCUUUCUCUGCCACUUUCUUGAACAUCUCAUUUGAACUAGCAGUCAUUGAAGAGGAAUGAGCAAGAUUUUCAAGAGGAUUUAAUGUUACAUAUAUAGCAACAAUAAUAAUACCUUGGAAAUCUAGAUCAUUGGCAAUAACACCCAGCUCUGUAAGCAAUAAGGUUCAUCUCUCAGUAUUUGUGUUGUUUCCCCCCAUUAAAAAAAUAAAGCCAAACAGAGUUGGUGCAGGCAUUAACCAGACAGUGGUUAGGUUAGAUAAGAAUAUGUGCUAUAAUUUGUUUCUAACCUCCGAAGGUGCUCUUCACACUAGAUUUGCUAGCUCCUGACCCAAAUACCUUGUCAAACUGCAACCAGUCAGGAAGGCAUUAGGCAGGAACAGCUGUUCAUGGUCCAGUGCUCCAAGGGCUUCUCCCUUACACACUAUUUACUGUGAAGCAUAAAUGGAAUCCUGCUUGCUACAGCAGACUGAAAUGUGUCCUGCCUCAGCAUCAUGUCAGGAUUUGCUGUUCCACCAUAAGACCUUGCUGGCUUGGAACUUCUAAAUAACAGGCAUCGUCUCUAAGUGAACUUGAUGCAUACAUUCUCUACCCACCAUUCACCUGACCAGUUCCCACCCCUCUGAACUGAGUGUCCUUGUAGUACCCACCUGCAUCCUGAAGUACUACUGUAUAAUAGUUUCCCUUGAGCUAAUACAGCUUUAUGAGACUUUGACAGACUUGGGUGAUAAAUAUGUAGAUAAAAUAUAAAUAUGUAGAUAAAAUAUGCUUGGGUGAUAAAUAUGUAGUUCUGUCCUGGAUGAAAACAGCAGGCUAUUCUGAUUGAAUCAAUUAAUGCUUCUGUUAAUGGCCAAUAUAGCUGUUGGGUUAAGAAAUUCAAAAGUAUAGCCUUAGAGCCCUGUGAUCCUGAUUCUGCACAGUUACUGUAUCAGCAGAACCAAUGAGUUAAGUAUUUGAAUGUUUAAUCACACACUAUUUUACAUUAAAAGAAGGUAAUGCUUAGUAUGUUCCAAGAGCUUAGUAUGUUCCAAGAGUGUAUUCCAAGGCUCUUCUAAUUCUGGAUUCAAGGAAGUUAAAGGAUUUGAACCCUGCUAAUUGAUGCCCUCAAAUGUACUUUGCAGCAGUGAAUUUCAUGUGCUCUGCUGGAAACUAUUUAUGUUUUUUAAUAUCCUUGUUUAAGUAAUCUGUCUUGAAAAACCAGCUGUGCCCUAUUGACAUUGUUCUUGGUAUAGCAACAGUGACACAGUAGUUGCUGAGUAAACUUGUAGGCCAAGUAAUCAUAUCAGAUUAUCAUAAUUACCCUUGUGGUCCUGUGUAUAUCUGCAAAAGGUCUGUGUAUCUACAGAAUGUGUUUUGUAUAUAUAAUUUGGAGUUAAAACCUAGCAAAUCACUGUUUCUUGUUAACAUGUUUGCAGGUUAGCAGACAUAUGGAAUCAGUGAAUGAUGGCUCCAUCAUACCAGCAGCAAGACAAUUUGCAGCUAGCUUCUUUGCACUGGAACUAGGUGUGUUUUGUGCAAAAUAAUUCAAUACAUCUUGCUUUUUAUUCUUGAUUUCUCAUUAUGGGGGAAAAAUAAUGUAAGUUCAGGUGUGCUUUUGUCCUCCUCCUGAAGCAGUUUGUUUAGAGAUGGUAUAAUAAAGAGAGUGUCUACCAGGAGUGUCUACCUAAAAAUACAGGCAGUGUCCUUUGUAGCUUAUGAAGUCAUCGGCGUCCCCCCGCCCCCCGCCCUAAUUCAUGGAGAUAGUCACAUAUAUAUCUCCCCAUGUAUACAUGUGUGGGGAGGGGCAUUUUCUUCUUUCUUUUGUAAAUAAUUGGCAUUUCUGGACCUAGAAAGGAGUAAAACCCCUCUUGUCAGUGUAACAAAGGCAAGACUGUCAGACAUAAAGUAGAUUUUCAAAGAGUAGGUUUUAAAAGCAAUUUUUAUUAGAACCAGAUGCAUGAUGAAUAUGUUAUGGAUAUAGUUUAACAGAUACCUCUGCAAAGUGUUGACAUAAUGUAUAUGGAAGAGAUUGAUGUGUUUGCAUUUGUUUACAACUAGCUAAAAAUUAAGGUAAGAUAACAGAUGGCCAUCAUUAUCUCUGUAAAUGACAGAGGGCUAGUAUCUUUCCAUAGAGCUGUCUCUUGCAGAAUGUCCAUCGACCAAUUAGUGGUAGAAUUCUAGCUGUUUACUUUUCUUGGCUUAAACGAAUGUCUUUUGACAGUCAUUAAGUUGCCUUGUUUUCUUAGCCAUUUGAUUUCUAUAGAUAGCAUUAAAAAAAACUAUGCUGUUGUUUGAAGCAAUGUCUAAAAUAACAUUGAGUAAUUUGUGUUCUUGAGAUUGCAAUGUCAGUGUUUUCUGUAACAGUGUAGGAUUUCAUACUUUCAUAUAAAAUAUAACUUUUUUUCCUGAAUAAAAACCAUCAUUAAAAGCC